UAUAUUGAAUAAUACUGAAGAUGUUUCCAAAGAUGUGAUAUAUCUUCAUAUCUCGUAUCUAGGCUACAUAUGGGAAGAUAGGUCACUCAUAAACCAUAUCAAAACCCUAGCCGCACGGGACAUGACUUUCGAUUAUUUGGCUCUUCCAUAAAACAGAUACCACGAACAAUGAGCUUUAUACUUUGGAUAUGCAUCAUUGGAUUCCUCGUUCAACCAGGGAAAUCGCAGGAUGAAGACCUCAUGGAUAUAUUAUUACCGUAUUCGUCUUUCGCACGCGGGCCGCAUUUCUCACAUAGACACGUUAGGGACUGUCAACCUGUAAAAUACGGUAACGUUACUCACGAAACUACGUUACCUGGAGCAAAAAACGACUCUGUCCCUCUGAUUGAAACAAAAUAUUUUACAACACCAAACGAGAUUUCUCAGGGUCACGUGACAUUUGUGCAAGAUCCCGCGAGACACGUGUCUGUUUUAGAACCCGGGAAGGAAGGAGGCUGCACUGCAGAGAACGACGGAAAUUACACCAGAGCAACAGUGGCUAAAAGCGGAGAAAGGAAAAAAUGUCUUGUAGCUGUAAAUGCGGGUUUCUUUAACACUACAACAGGAGACUGUUAUGGCAAUGUCGUAUCUGAUGGCAAACUGGCAAAAGAUGGCAAAGGAAUCCAGAACUCACAUUUUGGAGUAAAGAAGAACGGUGAAUUAUAUUUUGGGUAUGUAACUGAAGAGGAAGUCCUAAGUGGUGAUUUUGACCAGUUGGUUGCUGGGGUGCUGUGGCUGGUGAGAAAUGGCGAGAUCUACGUGAACGAGAGCGAAAAAGCUGAAUGUGCUGACACGCAAGAAACUGGGACUCUAAACACUUUUAUCAACGUCCUGUCAGCCCGAGCUGCUGUAGGGGUCGAUGCAAUGGGAAGAUUAGUAAUUGCCCACGUGGAUGGUCGCACGAGGAGUAGAGGGAUGACUUUGCACGAUUUUGCCCAGCUUCUGAUUGACUUCGGUGUUGUUAAUGCCAUCAACUUAGACGGGGGUGGAUCCAUGACUUACGUUAGCAAUGGUACUGUCAUCAAUUAUCCAUCAGACUAUUGCUCACGGGACUCCAAGCUGUAUCGGUGCCCACGACGCGUCUCUACCAUUGUGUGUGUCCAUGACGGCGGCAACACUCCUGUGGAAACUACCGACGCUCCCAAUGAGGCGACACAAACACAGUCGGGAAUGGCCUUGUUAAUAGUCAUAUAUCUUGUGAGCUGCUUAAUCAACGGUUUGUGAACAUCACACUGUAAGACAGUAACAAUUAUGAUAUUAUUAAUCAUACUCUGCGUAGGCUGGUUGCGACUAACUGCAGUAAAACCUGUCAUGCCCCCAGAAAAUUUUCAAAUUUAGACCCAAAUAACAUUCCCAAUAAUAAGAACAAUUGUGUUUUAAAAAAC